AUGGCAGGUCUGAAAGACGAUGAAUGCAGAACAAAAUUCUGCCAACAUGUGUCUAUUCAUGUUGAAAUACGGACCAGGAAGAAGCUUAGCGAUGCGGAUUCCUUCACAAAGUGCAUACAGGAUGCUGCAAGGGAAACGCUCCCAGUUCUAUUGCCGCGGAAGAAGUUUGCCUUUGCAUCUGCGGAAACAAAAUCCACAUACAAUUCUGUAUGUGUCGCGCGCAGCGCUGGUGACUUCAACCAGGAAAAGCGUCUUAGAAGGAAGCUGCGUCGUCAACUGCAACAAGACCGCGAUAACGAGUGGACGUCAAGAGCGAUGGAGUUUGAGAAGGCGUGGAAGGACACGAACCCGCGGAAAGCCUAUGCUCUACUAAAACAGUAUAGCGGCAAAAUGAAAAGAUGUUCUUCUUUCCUCAACACUGCCAAUGGAGUAGUUGUCGGUGAAGCAACCCUUCCAAUUUGUAGAGAGACCUUGCUGAACCGGCUAGCACCGUCAGCUCCUGAACUCGAGCACGUUCAUAGAUCGACAUAUGCGGUUAACGAGCAGCCACCGACCGAGUCGGAGGUCCUGGUCUGUAUUCAGAAAAUGAAGAAUGGAAAAUCUGGUGGAGACGACGGAAUUAGGGCAGAAAUGCUAAAAUAUCUUCCUCCGUCUGGGAUUCGUGAGAUGACAAAGAUCAUCCGUUCAAUAUGGAUAAACGAAAGGAUACCUGAUUCGUGGAGACACGCUAUCAUAAUUCCCCUCCACAAGAAGUUAUCCGUCACGGACCCAAGAAAUUAUCGAGGAAUCUCUUUGCUGCGUGUUAUGUACAAGGUACUGGAGCGCAUUAUCCUGGACCGACUCAUUAAACAUCGCGAAGAAACGACGCGCGACGAGCAAGCUGGCUUUCGUCCUGGCCGAUCUACGAUUGACCAGGUGUUCAUCGUCAGGAAAGUGAUCGAAAUCUGGCAGCGGUAUUCGAAGCCAAUGCAACUAGCGUUUCUGGACUUUAAAGCCGCUUUCGACUCUCCUCACCGAGGCCGUCUUCUCAACGCGCUUCGAGCCGAAGGAGUACCAGGAAAGUUCGUCCGCUUGCUUGAUGACAUGAAUCAACGAACAACUGCUGCAGCUCGAACACCAACCGGAAGUACAACACCGUUUGAAGUGGUAACUGAAGUAAGACAAGGGGCGGUGGCAGGACCCUUCCUGUUCAAUUUCGCCAUCGACGACACUUGA